AUGAAGAUCCAGAACUUCACUGUUCAAAAAAGACAGUCAGUAGUCAGAGUGGUCUACGGCACACUUUUGGCGAUCCUGGCGGUUGUGUCAAUGGCUGUAAACCCUGUAGACAUUUUCACGAAUUGGUAUCUCGAUAUAAAGGAGGGCAAGUUUAUAUAUCGCAUGUGGCAAAAACCGACGUACGAGCUGUUUUCCGAGGUCCACGUUUUUAAUUAUACUAACGUGGAUGAGUAUUUGAAGGGGAGCGACAAAGCCAUGAAACUGCAAGAGAUUGGACCCUUCACGUUUCAAGAAAUCCGCACAAACAGUAACAUCACCAUUGACAAGGAACGGGGCGUGAUGUCGAUGUGGCCGAAAACCGAACUGAAAUUUUUGCGCGAGAAGUCCAUAGCAGAUUAUAAGGACGUACAAAUUGUCGUGCCGAAUAUUGCAAUGAUUGCCAUCAGCACCUUAAUAGCAGAUAAGUUAGGAUAUCUAGCCAACGCUGGAGCUUACUACUCCAUAAGUGCUCUUGGCUCCAAGCUCUUCUUGAAUAUGACUGCAGAGGAAUUGCUGUGGGGAUACACUGACCCAAUUGUAUCAAUUGCUAACACAUUCUUGCCCGGUUGGAUCGACUUUCAGAAGAUCGGAAUUCUAGACAGGUUCUAUCUACAUAGAGAGGAACAAUUUGAAGUGGAGCUAAGAGAUAAGUCCAAAAGGUUUUCUAUUAAUUCUUGGAACGAUUCACCAGGACUGGUUGAGCAGGGCUUCGUAGAUCUUAACACAAGUAACCUAUGCAACCGAAUCAAGGGCUCUUUUGAGGGUUUUAUGUUACCUCCUCAAAUCUCAAAAGACACGGUUUUCCCUAUAUUUAGGAGACAGGCCUGCAGAAUAUACCCUUUUUCUUUUCGCGAAGAGGUUAAAGGAGAAUUUGGAUUCAACUAUUAUAGAUUCCAGUUGCAAGAUUCAGCCUUCAACAAGACCUCUCCAUAUGCCUGCGAGUGUUCGAAAAAUUGCCUCCCUGAUGGAUUCAUUGACAUCAGCAAUUGUUACUAUGGUUUUCCUAUAACUCUAUCGAAACCUCACUUAAUCGACACAGACCCAGUGCAACGGACUUACUUCGAAGGCCUCGAUCACGCUGACGGCGAUAAAUAUAAAUCGCUACUCGACGUGGAACCGACAAUUGGCGUCCCCCUUGCUAUAUCGAUCAAUAUCCAGGUGAACAUCGCUGUGAGGACUUCUCUAGGAAACCCGGUCACAAAACCCCUGAAGGAUAAGGUUCUGCCUAUCUUACGCUUGUCAUUGUUUUGUAAAGAGGCACCUCCGAAUGUAAUUGAAUUGUUACGACUUCGUUUUGUCAUCGCUCCGCCGCUAGUUAUCACAAUAGAAGUGUUGCUCUUCAUCAUUGGAGUAUUCUUCUCGCUCCAGGGCUUCUAUCGAAUGUGGAAACCUAAGUAUAAACUAAUACAACAAGACGAAAAACCUAAAAGUAGAAGGAAAAGUAGUGAGAGAAGAAGAAGUAGUGUCAUUCUUAAUAUGUCUGAUAAUUGCGGAUUCAGAGAUGACGAUGAUCUUGCAAAACAAGCUGUGUCACUUCUCUCAAUAACUGAAGAAGACAGAGACGUGCCUGAUAUGUUCGGAGAUUCAUGA